GAUGUCGGAACCCGGCCAUUCCGAGCCGUCGUUACUGACGCUCGUUUGGUCUCCGGGGCUACCAGGCGCCGAAAGAGGGAGCGGGGCCCGGCCUACCUGAGAAUAAUAUCUGAUCACUGAUGUGACUCCUAUGCCCUCUGGUGAGCCGUUGUGGAGGACACAGAUGCUUCUCCAGCCUUUAGCCACCUUGGUUCUGCCCAUCAGUAUUUGGAAAUGGAGUGGGGAGGUGAAUAUUCUCUUGAUUCUUCCAACUUGGAUUGUUUGUUAAACAUACUUCCUGGAGAUCUGGAGUUUCAGCAGAUACUUGGUGACAUUGAUGAGAAAAUAAAGAAAAAUGCUUCUAGCAUGGAACAGUGUCUUAAGGAGCUACAAUCAGAAAUAAAUGAAACUUGUCCUGAUGAAUUGCUACAAGACACAACUGACUGCCUUCAGUGGUUAAAUAAUUGCAGUUUCAGCUCAAUCAAGCCAUCUUUAACCCCUCACAGAGAAUUGAUCAAGUUUCUCCAAACGCUGCAAAGCUUACUGAAGGAUGAACAAAACCAAGAAGAAACUAUUCUUCACUUUCUUCUUGAUCUCUCCAGUCAAUGUGGUGUCUUAUUUCCCUGUACUCCAAGUGGGACAUCUUUUGAGUUUAUAUCCAGUGCUUCCCUUCAUGGUGUUGAAGAUAAUUCUGCAAUGGAUACACAGUAUAUUUGGGAUGAUGUAAGAUUACAUCUUCGGCGCUUCUUAGUAAACCAGCUGCAAAAUCAUAAUGAAACAAAAACUGGUACCUUACAACAGCAACUGCAGUUUAAAACUCGGUGUCUACAGCAGCUUUUAUUUCUUUAUCCUGAGGCAGAAGUUUUGGGGAAGUAUCAAAAAAUGCAGAAUAAAUUGGUUAGUGAUCUUUUACAGAAAUGUGUUCUAGAAAGCAUGGGUGAAACAAACUUUGAAAAGAUGGUUCAUGGUUAUGAAAACUCAAUUCCUGCAUUGUGUGCAAUGAUGAAAGAAGAUUUCUAUGUACUGAGCGGGAUUAUUGACCCUUCUUCAACACUGAAGUUUAUUAAUGAAACUUAUUUGGAUACCAUCACGGAAGAAAUGACCGUUCUUCUUGAAACACUUUGUGAGCUUCAGUUUAAGGAAAAUGCAUUACAUGGUGUUAAAGCAAGCAAGAGCUCAAAGAAACACAGAGGAGUACCUCAUGUUGGGGCGGCUCAAGAAUGUUCUAGAAAAGGGAGAAACUUCUGUUUGACACUACAUCAACUCAGAUGUCUUUCUGAGCUUAUAAAGCUUUUUUUGUUGAUGGAAGAAAAGGUUGAAGAACUAUCUUCAGAAAUGCUGUUAUUACCAUGUUUUUCUGAGAACAGAAAUGUUCAAGGAGUUCUGAAGAAAGCUGGUGGGGAGCUUUUAAUAGGGGAAAGUAGAGCAAAUGAAACCAGUGUGCUUCCUGAACAGUUACUUCAGGUAAAAGAGACUACCAUACUAGAUUUCGGCUGGAGAAAAGCAUUUAAAGACCUGUCCUCUUCAGUAGCUCACUGUAUAACAAUUGCAGUUGAAGAUUUUUCCAAUAAAAUUCUUCAACAUGAGCAGAAUGAACACACUUCAGCUGCCUGCUAUGUGAUGCAUAUUGUAAAAGUACAGCACAUGAAGGAGCUCAGGGAAGUAGUCCAUGAGGAAGAACAACCAAAACAAAUUUCAAAGUUUUGUUCUGACAUCAUGGAGGAACUUGACAUGUUGCUUCCCCUGGCUCUGGCAUGCAGAGAUGAGUCUCUCCAGGAAAUUAGAGCAAACUUUGUAGAGGCCUGCUGCAAAGUAGCAAAAGCUGUCCUGACAAGGUUGGAGGAGAGAAGUAAAGAUGUCCCUUCCAGAGCUCCACUGCAGAACUUGUAUACUAUUCUCUCCACAGCAGUGCAUGUCUAUCAGCAUUUUAAUAUGUAUCAGCAUCUAAUGAAAGAUACCACUAGAAAGCCUGUAUUCCUAAUGCCUCUCCAGCAAUAUCAGGAAUUGAUCAGUGUUCUUCAGUUUCAAGUUACAAACUACUGCAUCAGAAUUUGUGCUACUACUAUUUUACAGGAUGCCGAGAGUCACUACUGGGAUGACUACAAAGCUUUUUAUGAGGGGGAAAGAUGCUCAUUCUCCAUCCAGAUGUGGCAUUAUUUCUGCUGUGCUCUUCAUCAUGAUCUAUGGACUGUUCUACCCCCUGUGCUAGCCCAGGAGAUUUUAACAGAAGUGCUGGAGGAAUCCUUGGCACUCCUGGCUUGCAGAUAUUUUCAGGCCCAGCCCAGUUACAAGAGAACACCGCAGAUAAGAAUAGAUGUUAUAGCAAUUCUGAUGACCUGUGAAAGCAUGCUGUGGUCAGUUUGCAGUUCUGUGCAAGAACUUUUGAUCCCACAGAAAGACAGAAAUCAUCAUAUUUAUAAAAUACACAAGUAUUGCAAUAAUUUACUUGCAGCAGCUGUCUUUUUAACUGCACCAUUGGAGAACCUGUAUAAGACAUUUCAUAAUAGUGUUGGUGAUCCCUUGUCCUCAGAUUUUUUGGAGCCUACUGUUGACCAACCAUUACGCUGGUUAUCUGGCAUCACAGAACUUUCCCCUUCUUUACUGAAGACUCCAUCAGCCAAAGGAAUGGCAGCCCAGGGUCAACUCAAGCUGCUCUUAUCCCAGCCAUACUGUAAUUGGAACUUGCUUUUGGAAACCCUGCUACAUCACGAUUGUCUCUUAGUGAAACUUUUACUGAGGAGUUCUAAAUCUGAAUUAUCAAAAAUUGGAGAAAAAAGUACUUGCCUAGACACGAAGAGCAGCCAAGAACCUAGUCUGACUGAAGCAAUCUUUGCAGUGCUGUCUUAUUGUACUUUAUCUCCCAAAUCACUUGGUGGCGUUCUUGAAAACUACAUGGAAAAAGAACAGAUGUGGGAUUGUUUAUACAAUAUAUCAGUUUCUAGUUGUGUUGAGUCAGAGCCAGAGGUUAUCAGAUGCUUGAAGCUCACUUUGAUUAAUUCAGUUAAGGGUAUUGUGAAGCAGAUAAUUUCUUUGAUGCAUUCAUGGGAAGCAACAGAAAACUAUGGAACCUAUCAACACAAGCAAAUUGUUCCUGAAAGUUUGCUGAAGACUGUUCCAAAGGAUUGGAAUUACACACCUAGAGAAAUGAAGAGAAAAGAAUCUGGGAAAUGCUUCACAAGGCUUGCUGCUCAGGCAGUAUCUAUUGUAAUCAGCAAGUUACCUACAGUGAUUGCAUGUUUGCCUCCCCCAAUUAAGUAUUUCUUUUUUCUCUCUGAGAGAAAAAUGCCAAAAAACUUAAUUGAAUCGAAAAAAGCUGGUCUUCUUGUCUGGAUCUUGAUUGUAAUUAUAUGUCGGAUAUUUGAGGAUGGAAACACCACAGAACUUUUAACGGGUACGACUCUUGACAGAUGGAGCAAAGAGAAGCUCAGUUUGGUUCGUGUAUGUUUGGAAAAUAUUAUAGGGAAAAAGAAAAGUAGCCCUAAACAAGUGACUCACAAGAUUAUACAGAGCAUUGAACAACAAAGGCCAAACUGGAUUGAAAACCAGUUACUAAAGGCAAGAAAACUGGGCAUAGACUGCACUAUUAUUGCAGCAGAAGAUAGUAGGAGCUUAGAAGAGGAAGCUAUUGAGCUUGAAUUGACUGAGCAGAAAAUAAACAUGAUGGUCCUGGAUAUCUGCCACAAACCAGGUGGCAGUGAAUACCUGAGGCAAAUUUAUCACAUCAUCCAGCUCAAUGAGGAAUAUUUGAAUGAACAGCUGUCUUAUGAAGAAUCUUCUGAAGAAAACAGGUCAAGCACUAGACCUUUAAACAUGACAUUCAGAAUCAAAGAACAGCAUCCUGGUUUUGACCCUUUUCAGGUGCACUGCCUGUAUUGCACUAAUGUGUUAGAAAAGUCUACCAUUACUGAGUGCAAAUGGGAUUGGUCAGAUUUGCUGCCGAGUUAUCUGGGACUAAAUAAAAUGACCUUCAUGGCACUACUGGAGCACAGAUGGGAGAUGAAGGAGGAAGAAACUCUAGAAGAGGAGGAAAAAGUGAUGCUGGAGCACUUAAAAAACCUUUAUCUCACACCAACCUCUCUUGCCUCUGAAGAUAAAGCAGAAGAGAGAUCUUGACUUGAGUACUACAUUCAUAAAGAACUGAGAAUUGAUGCUAUUCCAAAGAAGCUCUGGGUGACAUUUAAUUGUGGUGCCCCAAGUUGCGCAAUCAAAACUUUCCCUUCUUUCCCUCUCCCAUGCAGGUUGGGGCCGGGGGUCCCUCUGGAGUAGACUGGAAGAUGGAAGUGUAGGGAAGGGAAUUCCCACACAUUCAAUGGCACAACAUUGGAUCUUGCCCUCUGCAUAAUUUGUACAAAAUUUGGUUUGUAUGUUUGUAUUUUCUAGGGAACAUUUAAGUGCUAUGUUUUGUUACCUUUUCUGUUGUUUGUUGGUGUACAGAUAUACCUUUGUAAGGAAUAUAAGAAAAAUAUUAACAAUUUUAAAAUGUUUAAAAUAACUGUAAACUUAAAAAUUAAA